AAGUUCUCCUCAAAGAGCAUAUCUGGCCUUAACUUAGCGACCUAAACUUAUAAGAAUACUGGAGCGACAGGUCAACUUGAAAUACAUUUUUUUUAUCAAUCUUGUUCAGCAUAUUAGUUCAUUGAAACAUGUCAUUAAACCAUCGAAGAGUCAUUUCAGAAGGGAACCUUCGCCUCCUCGCCGAGGCAGGGCAGGUCUCUGAAACGAAUCAGCCAGGAUGUCGACGUGUGUCAACGCAGUAUAUCAGCCCUUUUGCAAGCAGGGAUACCCUUGACAUCCCUGAUUUCUUCAACAGUGCCGCAGCCCUUGUCUUUUGUGGCAUGCAGCCAGCAGUUGCAGAAAACCUCUUCGAUGAAUGGCAGAACCUCCCUGAGGAGCAUUUCGCUUACGGACAUGAUAUAGACAGACUAGGCAAGAAUUACAUUGAGCUGAGGGCAGCAGCAGUCGAUGCUUGGUUACCAGAGCCUCAACAUGAUUGGGAAGCAGCACUGGAACACCAAGGAAUAAAAUUGUCCACCCGACAAGGGAUAAUGGAUCCUGAGUAUCGAGACAUUCGGCUCUCUGGCACAGCAUCUGAAUGGGCUUUGGACACGUUCAUUUGUAACUGGGACUUUCUGGCUAGUCUAGAAGAAAGAGUGGCCCAUACUUUCGAGCGACUAGGAGGGGAGAAGAAGAUCACCGGCGAUAGAUCGGGUUCACCAGAUCCUUCAACACCUGCUUCAACUUCUCGACAGCCUACUUCACAGAGUCCUCAGUGAGCCCUCGGGCCGGAAUGUACCAUGGUGAUUCUCUGUUUCCAGAUGCACUUCUCACACCUUUGCCGACACAUAUAGAAGACUGCAAUCUGUUAUACAAAGGGGGAGCUCGAACAAGAUUGGCAAGACUUUUUCGAAGGAUGGCAGUUUGAUGCCCGGUAGUAUUACAAGUCCCGGACCAAGCGACUUUUAUCCUUUCGCUCCGCGACUC